AUGCAACUGGACGAAUCUACAGAUAUCUCUAACUUUUCUCAACUUCUUGUCUAUGUCAGGUAUAUUUACAAAGAAGACAUUUUAGAAGACUUUUUAUUUUGUCAAACUUUAAAUGGCAGGACCACUGGUAAUGACAUAUUUACCCUUAUUAAUGCAUUUUUUGAAAAUAAUGAAAUUUCGUGGUCAAUGUGUAAGGCCAUUUGUACAGAUGGGGCAGCAGCACUUACUGGAUCAAAGAAAGGUUUUAGAGCUAAAGUUAACGAAAUUUCACCAAGUAUACUAUUUACUCAUUGUAUGAUUCAUAGGGAAGCUUUAGCAUCUAAAAAACUUGAACCAUUUGUCAACGAAGUACUUCAAUAUUCUAUACGUGUAAUUAACUUUAUAAAAUCUAAAUCAUUAAAUUCUAGAUUAUUUACGAUUCUAUGUAAUGAAAUGGGAUCUGAUCAUACAAAACUACUACUUCAUACUGAAGUUAGGUGGUUAUCCCGUGGAAAAAUAUUAUUAAGAAUUGUUGAGCUUAAAGAUGAAAUACGAAUAUUUCUCCUUGAACAUAAAAAUACACUCGCAGAACACUUCUUAAAUGAAGAAUGUUUAGUUAUGAACGAGGAAUUAAUUGAGUUAUCUGCCGAUGAAAAUCUGCGUAUAAAAUUUAAUGAAACUACAAGUGAUAAAUUUUGGAUUUCUAUAAAAUCAGAAUACCCAGAAUUGUCAAAAGUAGCUGUAUCAACACUUCUGCCAUUUGCAACCACUUACCUUUGUGAAACGGCGUUUUCAGCUCUUACAGUUAUAAAAAACAAAUAUCGGACAAAAUUAAACUUAGAAUCAGAUCUAAGAGUUGCAGUCUCUAAUAUAAAACCUAAUAUGGAAACAAUCAUUUCAAAAGCUCAAGCUCAAGUAUCCCAUUAA